AUGGCAUGUGGCGGUAGUGGUGCUAGUGGUGGUGGCGGUGGUGGUAUUAUGGAGUGGGGACUUGUAAUGGGUCCAGCUUUACCACUUGAUUUCGGCGAUCCUGUUGAUUGGCGCAGCAUAAUUAACACAUACAAUCUGCAAGGUGGGACAUAUACCAUACAAUCUACACCACUGUAUCCAUGGGAUAAAUGGGAAACAAUAUUCUCACGUUCUGUUGGCAGAAUGCGAACAAAUAUCGAUAAAGAUGGGAUAUUUCGAAAAGAUGAUGCCAGACUGCUUGUAUAUAUUGCACUGGAGUCUUUUAUGAACAAAACGCAUGGUAAUGGACAUGAUUGCUUACUGCGUUCAAUAUGUAAGAAUGCACAAAUAGAGCAACAUGUAGGCGUAUUUGCUGAAAUCUAUAAUAUAGUACUGACACCAGGUACCGAGUUUAUGGAUACUGCUUAUAAGGAAGCACACGUUGCUGGUAAAUCAGGAGUGGAUUGUUAUAAGACAUUUAAAAAAUGUAAAGUUGCUGCUAAUAUAGUUGAGCAAUUUAUGGCAGAUUUUUAA